ACAAUUAUUAUAUUCUUGCAAUUCUAGAACUCUGUGAUGCUGCUUUAAAAAUUCAAGCCACCUUCCGUGGCCAUUUAUCACGUAAACUGGUGACCAAGGAGACACCCGAAGAUGUUGAUAUACAAGAAAUCACCAAAAAGGUGGCCGAGGAAUUGGAUAUAGAUUUAAGUGAUCCCGAGCUAAAUAAAGCGGCUACCAAGAUACAGGCCUCAUUCCGGGGACAUAAAACCCGUAAAGAUCAACAACCAGUUGAAUAAAAAACAAAUAAUUUUUGAAUAUUGAUUGAACACACACACACACUUACACAUACACAUACACAAAUAUUUUAUUUUUAAAACAAAUUUUUUGGGGAUUAAAAUGAAGCAGAAGAAGAAGAAGAAGGAAGUAAGUAAAACUUUUAAAAUUUAGCAAUUGUCUUAAAAAAAACAAAAACAAAAGAAAACAAUUUAAAUUUAAGAUUUAAAGCAUAAAAAAAAGAAGUCCAUUAAGAAAAAGUUUGAAACAAAUUAGACAAAGUUGCAUAAUUCUAAAAACAAAGAAUUAUAAUUAAUUGUUAAUUUUAAGUUUUAUUAAAUAUAUAAUUUUUUUAAGCAAAUUUAAUUAACAACAAGAAAAAAAAAACAAAAAAAAAAUGUAUUAAGUUUUUAUGUUGGCUUUUAUAGGAGUUUAAAGUAUACAACUCUCAUGUUAGAUUCAAAACAGCUUUAAAUAUUAAAAAAAAAAAUAAAAACAAAA